GGCACCAGACCAUGCACACCCCUAGUAGGCAAGUCUUGCUAAGCUCACUCCCCAGCUGCCACUCCUCACUUAAAUUAUACAAAACAAAAACCCUCUUACAUGUUACAGAGGACUCAUGCAAGGCUUAUUAUAAACUUUGUGUCCAACUGUACAAGCAGCAGCUGCAGCCCACCCCUAUCCACAAGCAUCCCCUUCCUUCAGAAUUUGUUAACAGAAGGAGAAAGUGACAUGUGGGAAGCAGGGAGGGCAGGACUGGGAUGACUCGCCCCUGGUGCUCUGACACUUUGAGCUGCACCCCCAAGACAGUGUUUGGAUUCAAACCAGAGCCAGCAUGACCAGUAACAGUAACUUGUGACUUCACAGUCAGCCACAGAAUUCUGCCAUCAUGGUUCCCCUUGGAAACCUGCGAAGAUUCUACAGCAGGCUCACUUGGCAGCGUUUUAGAUUAGCUGAAGCAUCUUCGAUAAAUUGGCUGUCUUCGGCUGUCAGUUUAUUAGCAGCUUAUCAACUUAGUUGUCAAGAUGGGUGGCUGUUGGUCAUGUGUGGGUGAAGCAAAAUCUAAUGGCGGUGUGGACUUGGUUUUAAAAGAUGCCCUUCCAUUGUUUUAGCCUGUCUGGGCAGAGAACUGAAGCCCAGCCUGCUGUGUUCACACGUGUUUGUGCUCCCUGUGGGAACUUCAGAGGUCACAAGUUCACCACCACUAUUCACACCACACAGCUUCUCCUUGAAAUGCAGGCGGCCCUCGAAGGUCACCUGCUGGGCUGAUUUCCACUGUGUUUCUUAAGCUUGGAGGUCCUAGACCGGUGAAGCUGUAUCACUCAGGAGCUACUGGCUGGCUCCUGUGGGCCCAUUUGGGGGGUUGUGGGGAAAUCCUGCCCACCAGUUGAAGCUGACUUCAAAAGCUACCCCCCAGCACCCCCAUGUUAUUUCCAAGAACAUGCCUAACCUUUUCUUCUUUCAUGUUCCCAUAGGUCUCACCCAGAGGCAGAACCAAAGGAUGAAGAUGAAGAGGGGGCACUGACAGGUCAUCCCAGAAACCCAACCCAUGUUGCACCAUUUUCUGGGGGACUCCCCAGUGUUUUGGGGGACACUCUGGGGAAAGAGCUCAUUGAGGAACCCUCCAUGCCAGAACCCCUUCCAGCACCUUGCAUCACCAACAACAUCCUGAGCGAAGUGCUCAUUGAGGAACCCUCCGUGCCAGAACCCCUUCCAGCACCUCACACCACCAACGACAUCCUGGAGGAGGAGCUCACUGAGGAACCCUCUGUGCCAGAACCUCUUCCAGCACCUGGCAUGACCAAUGACAUCCUGGAGGAAGAGCUCACUGAGGAACCCUCCGUGCCAGAACCUCUUCCAGCACCUCGCAUCACCAACGACAUCCUGGAGGAAGUGCUCAUUGAGGAAACCUCGAUGCCAGGGCCCCUUCCAACACCUUGCAUCACCAAUGACCUACUGGGGAAAGUGCUCAUUGAGGAUACCUCAGUGCCAGGUCCUUCCAUCCUCACAGACACUCCAAAGGAAGCAGCUUCUGUGUCAGAGCCCUUACUAGAGCCUUCCAUUGCUGAUAAUUAUCUUCAGCAAGAAGUAGAACUCCUCAAAGUGUUACAGCAUGACUAUGUCCAGCAGCAACUGAGGGUUCGCCGCAUUUCCCAACAGUUCCCUCGUUCUCUCCGGGCCAUCAAUCUGCAAAUCGGACACACGCGGACAAGGCUUAUCCGCAGUGAAGUUCGGCUGCAGCGGUGGGAAAGGGAAGAUGUUCCUGCAGGCCCUGCUGCACUUCUCCAGCCCUCUGGGUCAGAUUCAUCAUUGUCCUCUGCCUCCCCUGAGGUUGCCUCCAUCCCACCCUCCACCUCCACCUCUUCCCUCCUCCUGCAUCCCUCUCCACCUCCUCCUCCUUCCCCACCUCCUCUGGAGCCGGACCUCAGCAAUGUGAAAGAAACUCUGCAGAGUUUGGUAGAGAUGCAGGUCCAUCAGCUGCGUGACCGCCAAAGAGACCUCCGCAGCAGCCAGGAAUGCUUACAAAGCUUCAAGGCACUGAGGGGACAAUUGAGGCGGCUAAGGAGCAGACUGGCCAGGGUGGAAGCCACUAUGGGGAUCGUGGUUCCUCCAAGGGAGCUGGACGUUGCUGAGGAGGAAGGGGAAGGCAAAUUAAAAGAGACAACUGUGCUACUAUUUACAUAAGUAGCAAUAAAAUGCUGUGUGUAUAUAUAUAUUUUAAAUUAAAUAUUUGUUUUAAUAGGAUGUAGAGAUAGAACAGCAAUAAAACUUGCAUAUUUAUUG